GCAGUGAGAAGAAAUUUUUAACAAAUAAAGGAAAGAGGCUAUUUUGAGAUGAAAAGAUUACCCCCUCCCCUAGCUGCCUGCUCAGGGUCAGUUCAGAACUGGUGUCUUCUGGGGCCCCUUCACCUUGCAAGGGAUUGGUGGGAGGGUGUCCAGGAGGUGGGGGGAUGAGGCAAGGAUGGGUGGCAGGAGGCAGGUGCUGGCCAGCAGAGGUCACCCAUCCAGGGAGGGAUCAACAUGGCUGACGCACCCCGGACUGUACUGAUCUCAGGCUGCUCCUCGGGAAUUGGCCUGGAGCUCGCAGUGCAGCUGGCUCAUGACCACAGGCAGCGCUACCAAGUGGUGGCCACCAUGAGGGACCUGGGAAAGAAGGGGACACUGGAGGAAGCUGCUGGGGAUGCUCUGGGGCAGACCCUCACCGUGGCCCAGCUGGACGUAUGCAGUGACGAGUCAGUGGCCCAGUGUCUCAGCUGCAUCCAGGGAGGGGAAGUGGAUGUGCUGGUGAAUAAUGCUGGAGUGGGCCUGGUGGGGCCCCUGGAGGGGAUCAGCCUAGCUGCCAUGCAGAACGUCUUUGAGACCAACUUUUUCGGGGCUGUCCGUCUGGUCAGAGCUGUCCUUCCUGGCAUGAAGAGAAGGCGAAAGGGCCACAUUGUGGUGGUCAGCAGUGUCAUGGGGCUGCAGGGUGUCCUGUUCAAUGAAGCCUACGCAGCCUCCAAGUUCGCCCUGGAGGGAUUCUUCGAAAGUCUGGCUAUCCAGCUGCUGCAGUUCAACAUCUUCAUCACCCUGGUGGAACCUGGCCCGGUGGUCACUGACUUUGAGGGGAAGCUCCUGGAGCAGGUUUCCACAGCCGAGUUCCCAGAUACUGACCCCGACACCCUGCGCUACUUCUGGGAUUUCUACCUCCCCACCUCCAGGGAGCUCUUUCACUCUGUAGGACAGAGCCCACAGGAUGUGGCCCAGGUCAUUGUCAAGGUCAUCGGCUCAACCAGACCACCCCUGCGCCGACAGACCAAUGCCCGCUACACCCCGCUGGUUGCACUCAAGGCUGUGGACCCCUCAGGCAGCCUGUACGUACGCACAACCCACUGCCUACUCUUCCGCUGGACACGCCUUCUCAACCUUGGCCUUCGAUGUCUGGCCUGUGGCUGCCUCCGAUUCCAAAUACGGCCCCGGUGAGCAAAGCCUCAACCAACCCUCCCCACCUCUGAACAGCCAGGCCUCUUCAAUUUACACCCAUCUCAGAGGCCAGUACAGACCUUUCCCUCCUUCCUUCCUUCCUUUCUUCCUUCCUUCCUUUCUUCUUCCUUCCUAUCUUUCUUCCUUCCUUCCUAUCUUCCUUCCUUCCUUCAGCAAACUCUGCCUGACCCACUCUGUGCCUGGGCAUUGCUGGGACCCCAGAAAUUCCUCAGCAUCCACGCACACACCCCUCCAUGGUCAGGGCUGGGGCAGAGAGAGGGACCCUUGGACCCUGGGCUGAGGAGCCCAGAGUAAGGAGCUGGAGCUAUCUGGGAAGGCAAGGGAGGCAUCCUGGAGGAGGGGACAUUGGGGCUGGACCUUGAAAGAUGAGAUAGAUUGCCUCAUUCAACCUCUGGACUUUAUUAUCUUGGGCCUGGGAAUACAAGGAUGAUCUAAAACCCCCUCCACAUAGAACUGAGUUGACUAAGGGGUCUUCAGACUUUUCUGGCCACACACUCCCUCAGCAAAAUGUUUGUGCACUCACCAGCAGUGCAUGUAUAUUUUUUCAUAAAAUAUAUAUUUGUAACCACUAGCAAUCACUAUAUUAAAUAUUUAAUAAAGCUCAAUUUCUUAUGUCUAAAUAAAAAAUUAAAAAACAAUAAGGUCCACUUCACACACAUUAGAAUGGCAACUAUAAGUAAACCAAGCAAACAACAAAAACUCUUGAAAAUAACAACUGUUGGUGAGGAUGUAGAGAAAUUGGCACUUGGGCACUGCUGGUGAGCCCUUAGGCACUGCUGGUGAGAAUGUAAAAUGGUGUAGUCACUAUGGAAAAUGUAUAGUAGUUCCUCAAAAAAUGAAACAGAAUUAUCAUGGAACCCAGCAAUCCCAUUUCUGGGUAUUAACCAGAAGAAUUGAAUGCAAGUUCUCAAAGAGAUAUUUGCACACCUGUGUGCAGCAUUACUCACAAUGGCUGAAAGGUGGAAGCAACCUCAUCCCUCUGUCCAUCAACAGAAGACUGGAUAAACUCAAUGAGGUAUAUCCAUACAAUGGAAUAUUAUUCAGCCUUAAAAAGAAAGUAAAUUCCAACAUCUGAUGCAACAUGAAUAAACUUUGAGGACAUUAUGCUCAGUGAAAUAAGCCAGACAGAAAAAGGACAAAUAAUUUCUGAUACCACUUAGGUGAAGUCCCUAGAGGAGUCAAAUCCACAAAGACAGGAAGUAGAUAGUGAGAGCCAGGCGGGUU